AUGAGCAGCGAGCAAGAGUUUGUCACUCCGCGCAAAGUACCACGCGAGACUGGCGCAACGCAGAAAUCUCUCAGCCGGAGCGCCAGGCCUUCACAAAGCGGCGCAAGUGAAAACAGUGCAUACAAUUCCGGCACCUUCAAGAGCAACACCUUUAAGAUCCAGGUAGAUGAGCUGCUUGCCCAAAUACGACCAAGACACGGCGCUCGAGAGUCGGCAGCAGAGAACGCACUGCAUCGGCUGAAAGGCAUCAUCGAGGCCAUCCCAGCUGGUGCCCCUCUUUCAGUGGACGACGCAGAGCGCGGCCUGCUCAUGUCGAGCAAGGUCGUCAUCCCUUUCAUGGAGCCCCGCCCGCCAAAAGAUGCGAAGUACAAGCUGGAAUACAGCAAGCCGAGCAGUAUCAAUGUCGUUGGAAGCUAUGCCCUGAAAACAGCGAGUCGGGUCGAGGCAGUGGCGGCAAUUGACAUGCUCGUCACAAUGCCCACGGCUCUCUUCCAAGACAAGGACUUCCUGAACUACCGCUAUUUCUACAAGAGAGCCUAUUACCUGGCUGUUAUAGCUGCUGCUCUACAAUCGGCGUGCGAGACAGAGUACAGCACUCGGUUCAAAUACCACCACGACAAUCCCUUCAAGCCAAUCAUUGUCGUCGCUCCUAACGCGCACAAAAGCUCGUCAAAAGGCAAGACCUCGUCUUCGAAAUGGGAAAUCAACAUUCUGCUCUCCACCUCAGCAGAUGUGUUUCCGCCCGAGAAACUUCUCCCGGAUCGCAACUGCGUGCGCAAUGCCGUCGACAACUCAUCGGAGGGUGGGGCGAUAGCAACGCCCUUCUACAACAGUUCCAUCCGCUCAGACAUGCUUGUAUCCUCCUACUUGAAGCUUUCGCACUCCGCUGCGAAGGAUUGCGCAGCCUUUGUGGACGCUUGUAUCUUGGGUAAUACCUGGUUGCGCCAACGCGGGCUCGGAUCAGACAUUCAGGCUGGCGGCUUUGGACUCUUCGAGUUCAGCGCGUUCAUGGCUCUGCUAUUGUCAGGCGAGGGCAAUCUUCGGCCGAUCCUCGGUAGCGGAUAUAGCAGCUAUCAGCUGUUGAAAGCUACGCUUCAACUACUGGCAACAAGGGACUUCAGCAAGGAGCCGCUCAUCAUUGGCUCGACAAGCGGCAAUGUCAAGGCGACGGGACGUGGGGCGCCUAUAGUGUGGGAUGGUCAAAGACAACACAACUUACUCUUCAAGAUGACGCCUUGGGCCUACCGUUUACUUCGCCUUGAAGCCAGGACCACGCUGAGUAUGCUCAGCGACCAGAACUUUGAUGGCUUCGAAGCUGCGUUCAUCAUGCGGAAGGAUCUGGACCUCUAUCGAUACGAUUACGUCGUGGCUUUAAGCAAAGGCCUCCUGGGACCAGACAAUGCAAGCCCUGGCCAAGCUCCGUUGCAAAAGUACCGGCAACUGUACGAGGUUCUCGAGCGAGCGCUCGGUGAUCGGGUGAACCUCAUCAGCAUCACGGCUCAUCGUUCCAAGGCAUGGAGAGUCGAUUACGCGGACCCUACGCAACGGUCUGAGGGAGAGAUUCGAGUCGGUUUCGUCAUUAAUCCAGCCACUGUGCAUCGAACCGUUGAUCACGGGCCUCCGGCAGAAAAGAAAGCCGAAGCAGCUCAAUUUCGAGAGUUCUGGGGCGAAAAGGCGGAGUUGCGCCGUUUCAAAGAUGGAAGCAUCCUGGAAAGCCUGGUGUGGAGUGCGAAAGAGAGCGGGCAAUCGGUCUUUGAGCAGAUCGUUCGCUAUGCCAUUUCGAAACACCUGGGAGAGCGCGUCGAGAAGGACGUACAAAUCGCGGGCGAGAGCUUCGCACGACUUCUCUCCGGCACUGCCUCGGAUACCAAUUCUCAAGGAUCUCUGGAGGCCUUCCGACAGUUUGAGACCGACCUUCGCGGUCUAGAUGGUCUGCCUCUGUCGAUUCGGGAGAUCGUGCCUGCUGACGCCCAGCUGCGAUCGACAUCACUAACCUCGAUUCGCAAUCAACGACAGCAAAUCCCCGCUGAUGUCGUUCUCCAAUUCGAAGGAUCUGCCCGCUGGCCCGACGAUCUUGUUGCUAUCCAAAGGACAAAGAUCGCCUUUCUGCUGACCAUCCAUUCUCAGCUCGCGGGAUCGUCAGAAACCGCUACGGCACGUGUAGGUCUUGAGAACGGGGAGCACGACGUCUUGAACCAGGCAUUCUUGGAUGUGACAUACGACUCAGGCGCAUCCUUCCGUCUUCGCAUCCACCACGAUCGAGAACAGACACUGCUGGAACGCAGGCUCAAAGACAAAGCAUUGGACCCACGGACCAAGGAGGUUGCAGCCCUCGGCCUCGCGAAGUAUAGGCGGGAUUACGUGAAGCUGCCUGCAUUUACUCAGGCCAUCGCGCGCUUGUGCAGCCGGUAUCCGGCCCUGAGUGGCACGAUUCGCCUACUCAAGAAAUGGUUUGCGUCUCACUUACUGGACAACCACGUCGCGGACCCAGUCAUUGAGAUGCUCGCUGCCCGCACUUUCGUCCAGCCCUGGCCCUGGCAAGCUCCCUCGAGCGUGCAGACUGGGUUCUUGAGAACUCUGCACUGGAUCUCACGCUGGGACUGGCGCAACGAACCACUGAUAGUCGAUCUCAGCGGUAGCGGUGACCUCAAGCAGCCCGAAGUCCAGAGCAUCCAAACGAAAUUCGAAGCGUGGAGGAAACUAGACCCGGCAUUGAACCGAGUCGUCCUCUUCUGCGCUUCUAGUGUCGAUCAGGACGGCACUGCUUGGACCGAUGGACGACCACAGAAAGUCGUAGCCGCCCGACUGACCGCACUAGCCCGAGCAGCUUGUGCAGAAGUUGUAGACAAAGGCCUGGACCUUCAGCCUGCGUCCUUAUUCGCCUCGCCCCUCGCCGAUUUCGAUUUCGUCAUCCACCUCAACUCCGACUUCAUGCUCAACGCGAAGUCCUCCCGCAAGUCGAAUGGCAGCUCCGCUUUCAAGAACCUAGAGCUCGACGUCGACACCGACGCUUCUCGCGUGGGCUACCAGCCCCUUCGAGAUUUUACUUCGGAGGUAGAGGCUUUGUUUGGCGCUGCUGUUCUCUUCUUCUCGGGCGGCGAGGAGCGCGCUGUGCUUGCUGGGCUGUGGCAGCCGCAGACGGCUGAUCGGGCUUGGAAGUUGAAUCUGGGCUACUCUACUAUUCCCAGGAUUGGAUCUGAGGGUGAGGAGGAUGUGCGGGCCGAGAUUAAUCGGGAGGGCAUUCUGGCGGAGAUUGCGAGGAUUGGUGGGGAUUUGGUCAAGGCGAUUGAGGUCAAUCGUAGAUAG